GUCAGUAGUGUCGUUGAAUCGAUUCUGAUCGGAUCCAAUAUCCAGUUAAAUAUUCAUUCGCAUAUUUUAUCGCAUAACCCCUCAACAAUUUUAUCCGAAAAAUUAAUCACAUUUCGAAAAACGAUUGCAUCAGGUGAAGUUUAGUGUGAGUGCAUUACAAAUACCGCCGUAACAUUGUGGAUGUGGACUAAUGACGUUGAAAAAAUAAAUAUACCGCGUGCACGGAGAAAAUUAUUUGGUGAAUUUCAACGAGUGGAUAAAGUUUAACAGCCAACCGUUCAUUAACAAUUCCGUAAAUGUUCAUCAUUAUUUGUGGUCCAUAAUAUUUCAUUCCUUGCUCGACCACCAACACACGAACGCUUGGAGAACUGUUUCUAAAUGUAGAUAUGUGUUUUCCAUCUAGUGAAAAUUCAUAUUUAAAAUUAAUUGAACUUAUUGAAUGAGCAAUUCGAACUGGCUCCUUUUUAUAGACAACAGUGAAAAUUUUUUUGGCGAUAAUUCUCGUGUUUCCCUAAUAUUAAUUUUCUCACUAAAAAAAUGUCACCAAUUUCGUUAUUGACAAUUCGAAUCAACUCGAUUAGUUGUUAAUUUCCACUAACCCCAUGGCGAAAUUCAACAACUGAUUGAUAAUUCAGCAAUUAAUUAUUACCGUGUAUAGGUAGGUCAUGGAACCGUGAUUUUUUUUCCUCGUACGUAAUUGAUGAUUUGACGUCAUAUGGAACUCCCCGAGAGCUAUAUAGAAACUCAAUAAAUAUCGUGUCUAACGGAUUUAUUCAUCAAUGGUGGGUGUUCAUAUCUCCACUGGGAUUUGUUAGUAUCUGUGAGGCGUGAAUUGUGCCCGCUGUAAUAACGUACAUGCGUACAUAUAUAAAUACUUGCUUAGUUUAUCGUGUUGUGACUGUAGUGUACCGCACAACCGGUGAAUUGACAGUGUCUGGAUGAACGUGGUGCUGUACGGUAGCCUCUCGUUCUAUGGUUUUUGGAUAUUUAAACAAUCUGUGGAUGGACGUCUUGACUAAUUAGCGGCCCUUGCUCUUGGACAAAUCGCAUCUGGAACUUUUGGAUUUUAUUUUCAUCCGUGACAAUGGGGAGAACUCUGAAAGUUGCAGGAGUCCUCGUAGCUGUAUUUUUACUUUUUGUGGUGAUUCCAAGAGUCGAGUGUUAUCCCCCCAAUUCGCCGCUAUUCUACUCCCCAGAGGAUGAUGUGUCGGAGGCGUUUGGAUCGUCGGCGUCAUCCGUGGGGAUGUCCUCCCACCAGGGUAAACGUGAGGCCGGUAAACCCAUCGACACUGCGACGGCUAUAGAUGCGAAGCGAAGGGGCGACAGGUCAGGAGACGCGGAGUUUCCGGAGGAUUUUGAUGACGAAACAAUGCGACUCCUUGAAGACGCCUUCCGGACAUCUUCAGAUGACUCAGAGAAACCUGAAGACAAGUCUAACAGCAGACCCGCUGACGAAAUGCAGCUCAGACGAUAUGACAUCAAGCCCGGAAUCAGAGCCGGUACCUUGGUAUCUCACAAUAUCGGCGACAGAAUAAUAUUUCCAGAAAAUUUAGAUAUACCAAUGCCAAUGAAUAACAGGAGAGGACCAGUGUGUCGACACGGGGCAUUUUGCGAAGACACACCUUUUUAUCCGAUCGAGCAGAUCAACCGAGCCAUCAGAUCAGACACAAAUCUGAAAUAUCUACAGGUCAAGGAUGAGCUUGAGCCGAACGUUUCACUAAGGACUUCAGGGCAAGAAGAAGUACUCUGUGAAUCAAAGAGAGCAGUAGUUCUACCAAGGGCUGCCAAGAACAAGAACGACGAGUGGCGGUACAUCAUAAACACUGAGAACUUCACACAGGCAAUUGGAGUGGAAACUUGCGAGAAAGACGAUAGCCCCUGUAAACUGGUGGAUAAUUUCGCAGGAGGUUACAGGACGAUGUGCAAACAAAAUUAUAUCUAUCGUCAACUUCUGGCUGUGGGACCUAAGAAUAAAAUAGCUUUGGAGAGCUUUCCAAUACCAGCGAGCUGCUGCUGUCAUGUUCAAUUCAUUGGAGAUACUAUUCUUCGAAUGGGUACUAAUCUUCAAAAGAGCGGCUCAUAAGGGUCGAAGAACCAAAAGAUUGGAAACAAUUGAAUGCAUCGAUGGUUUAAUCGAUGAAUUAAUUGUUACGACUUUUGGACUUUUAUUAUUUUUAUCGUAUCUUCAAGUGUCAACUGCAAUGUGUACAUGCAGUGGUCUUGAUAUUGUCAGGCAAAGAACCAUGUGGGUAUAUGCCAACGCAUCUUCCGUCGUGAAAUAUCAAAUAUCAAGAACGCUGACUUGAAAGCAAAUGCUCUCUUCAAUAUUUCUGAAGAAGUUUCCCUCAAUUUAUUUUCAAUGAUUCAAUGAUUGUUCGAUAAGGCCACAGAGGAUUGAUCGUCGCCGAUGUAUAAAUAUUACGAUGCCUGAGGGCGAUGGAAUGAAGUAUCAUGGGAAUGAAGGUGAAUUCGCGACAUUGAAAAUCCAAGGAAAGACGAGAUUUUUGUUUGUAUCAAUCAACGAAAUUGUCUGUAAAAUUUAAUAUAUGAAUAUAUAUUUAUAUGAGAUCGUGUAAUAUUUGAAUUUUAUACGAUACUGUUGAAAGAGGUAAUUGUGAUAUUUUAGAUAUGAUUCAAUUCGAGAUGUAAUUAUUAUUUUCAUCAAUAAUAUAACUAAUGUAUGACUAUAAUCAAUGUCUAGAUUGAGCCGUUUCGCAGAAUUUUGUUUUACAGAUAGUUUUUGCGGACCCUUUUGUUUAAUUUAGGCAAAAAUUGAAGGAGGCGAUGCCGAAACCGCUCAACAGUCAAGAAACCUGAUUCGAUUUUCACUAGAAUGACUUAUUUUCUCCUACUGUCUCUCAUUAAAUCUGCAAACUAUCAUCGGUGUGUAGUUCUCAUGAAAGUUUUAUUUCUUUCAUUUCUUAAAGUGACAAAAACCACACCCAAGAAUUUUAAGGGCGUUACGAUGCAAUUUUAAAGAAUCCGGCUAUAAAAUUUUCCGCCGUGAUUAUAACAUUAUUUUAGCAUAAAAUUAUGACACUGUGAAAUUUUUUCUCAAAUUAUGUAGGAUUACAGGUGUUUAUCUUUUUCCCCGUCUGAUUAAUAAUUGAAGAAUAUUUUUGUGCCUACUCUCGCUCGGUUUAAGACCGACAUCACUGUGCCUGACAGCUAACGUGUACAAUUGAUUGUGGCUGGAGAAAUUAAUGCAAGUACAAAAUAAUUAGUAUAUACUCUCAUGAAAAUCUAUUUUAAGAUAUAAUUUCGCUUCAUGAGAGAAGAAUUUGAAAAUGAAAAUGGUUGUGACUUUCUAUAAAAGCCAAUGCACUGUUUGAGAUUUUAGGUGAAUCGUUCGAGUGCUGUUAACUAAUAAAUAUUCAAGUUUAUAAUUUGUACGAAAGGAGAAUAAAAUGCUCAAAUGGAAUAGAAA